UCGAACCUUCCAGAACCCCCCUUGUAUGGUUUGUUAUAUUCAUCCAUAGCACGCAACAAAACCUAAUUUUCCUAGUUGUUAUUAUUUUCUUAUUUUGAUUGGCAAACAUCCUCGUGCUGAUAUGGCAGAAGAGGCUAAAGCCAAAGGCAACGCCGCCUUCUCUGCCCGAGACUAUGAAGCCGCCGUCCGUCACUUCACCGAUGCCAUCGCUUUGGCUCCGUCCAACCACGUUCUCUACUCCAAUCGAUCCGCCGCCUACGCCUCUCUCCAAAACUACGCAGAAGCUUUAGCCGAUGCUAAGAAGACUGUCGAGCUCAAACCGGGCUGGCCUAAAGGCUACAGCCGGCUUGGCGCGGCUUACGUCGGUUCACAAAACUAUGUCGACGCUAUUGCGGCUUACAAAAAAGGCCUUGAAAUUGAUCCCGACAAUGAAGCACUCAAAUCCGGCUUAAACGACGCAGAAGCAGCGGCCGCAAAACCGUCUGGAUCUCGGGCUUCGCCAGCAGACAAUCCGUUUAGUUCUGCCUUCGGCGGGCCCGAGAUGUGGGCGAAAUUAACGGCGGAUCCGACCACGAGAAGUUAUCUUCAACAGCCUGAUUUUCUUACAAUGAUGCAAGAAAUUCAGAAGAAUCCUAACAAUUUAAACCUCUACUUAAAGGACCAACGUGUGAUGCAAGCUUUAGGAGUUUUAUUAAACGUGAAGUUCAAGGGGCCCACUGGUGAUGACAUGGAAAUUCCGGAGGAAGAAUCACCUAAGAAAUCAGAGCCAGCUAAGGAAAUGAAGAAGCCCGAGCCAGAGCCCGAGCGGGAACCGGAGCCUAUGGAGGUUUCAGAGGAGGAUAAGGAAAAAAAGGACAGAAAGACACAAGCAUUGAAAGAAAAAGAAGAGGGAAACGCUGCGUAUAAGAAGAAGGAUUUUGAGAAGGCAAUUGCACAUUAUACCAAGGCAUUGGAGUUGGACGACGAGGAUAUUUCUUACCUAACUAAUCGUGCCGCAGUGUAUCUCGAGAUGGGCCAGCAUGAAGAAUGCAUCAAAGAUUGUGAUAAGGCUGUUGAAAGGGGAAGAGAGCUUAGAUCUGACUUUAAGAUGAUAGCAAGGGCCUUGACUAGGAAGGGAACUGCUCUGGUGAAAAUGGCAAAAUGCUCAAAGGACUACGAAUCUGCUAUUGAGACUUUCCAGAAAGCUCUAACUGAGCAUCGUAAUCCAGACACAUUGAAGAAACUUAAUGAAGCUGAGAAAGCUAAAAAGGAACUAGAGCAACAAGAGAUUUUUGAUCCAAAGAUAGCUGAUGAGGAGCGUGAAAAAGGGAAUGAGUAUUUCAAGCAGCAAAAGUACCCAGAGGCUGUGAAACAUUACUCAGAAUCAUUGAGUAGGAAUCCCAAAGACCCAAAGGCGUACAGUAACAGAGCUGCAUGCUACACAAAAUUGGGCGCAUUGCCUGAGGCUUUGAAGGAUGCGGAGAAGUGCAUUGAGCUUGAUCCAACCUUUUCUAAAGGGUAUACCAGAAAAGGGGCUGCUCAGUUUUUUAUGAAAGAAUAUGAUAAAGCUUUGGAAACAUACCAGGAGGGGCUGAAGCAUGACCCUGAAAACCAGGAGCUGCUUGAUGGCAUGCGAAGAUGUGUGCAACAAAUUAACAAGGCCGGCCGUGGAGAAUUAAGCACUGAAGAGUUGAAGGAGAGACAGGCCAAAGCAAUGCAGGAUCCCGAAAUUCAGAAUAUUCUUUCUGACCCUGUAAUGAGACAGGUGUUGGCUGACUUCCAAGAAAACCCCAAAGCUGCUCAGGACCACAUGAAGAACCCAAUGGUGAUGAACAAGAUUCAGAAGCUGAUCAAUGCUGGAAUUGUCCAGAUUAAAUAAAUUUGAAAAAAAAGUUUACUAAUGAGAAAAGGAAAAAAAAAAACUACUGCACUUUUGUAAAUUGUUUUUUGUUUUGUUUGAGUGGAUUUGGAGUUGCUUUAUUUACAAUUUAAUAUUCAUUUUAUCUAUUUAGAUAUAUUAUUUUACACCUUUCUCCUCUUGUUUGUAUUACUCGAUUUAUUACAGCUGUGUAAACCCGCAAGCCGUGGGCAAAUUUGUCAGCUUAUCGUCCAGAAAUUUCAAUGUAACACUUACCUGGAUUAAGCUUA